AAUCCUGUUGCGCACCUUACUCCCUUCACUCCGGAGCGCUCCUCUGUGGAUACCCUGCGUCCCGCAGAACUACCGCACACCGACGAUGGACGACGAGUUCCCCUCUAACUUAUACCCGGCUCUGCCUGGAGUUUCCGAUGAUCUGAGCCCUAAUACCACCGAGGAGCCCGGUGAGUGGGCAUCCUCGGACGGCGUGGAGACGGUCCACUUCGCCGUGCGCUUCGUCAUGACCUCGGUGUACAUCCUGAUCAUCACCGUGGGUCUGCUGGGCAACACAACCCUGGUGAAGAUCUUCGUCACCAACAGCGCCAUGCGGAGCGUGCCCAACAUCUUCAUCUAGCUGGCGGCUGGAGAGCUGCUGCUACUGGUCACAUGUGUGCCGGUGGACGCCUCCCGCUACCUUUUCGAGGACUGGGUGUUUGGCGAGGCAGCGUGCAAACUCAUCCCUGUCAUCCAGCUGACGUCCGUCGGCGUGUCGGUGUUCACACUGACGGCGCUUAGCGCGGACAGGUAUAAGGCCAUAGUGAACCCGAUGGACAUCCAGACAUCCAGCGCUGUCUUCUGGACAUGUCUCAAAGCUGUUUCUAUCUGGCUUAUGUCCGUCCUGCUGGCUGUUCCUGAGGCCAUCUUCUCACAGGUCGUCCCCAUGCAGGGUCUCAGGGACAACACUAACAUCACCUUUGUGAACUGCGUGCCGUACCCUAUGUCUAACCAGAUGCAUCCUAAGAUCCACUCAGUGAUGAUCUUCCUGGUUUACUUUCUGAUCCCUCUGGUCAUCAUCUCGGUGUAUUACUACCACAUUGCCCGUACACUCAUCAAGAGCGCCCACGACAUGCCGGGGGAAGUCAGCGACCACACCAAGAGACAGAUGGAGACGAGGAAGCGUCUGGCCAAGAUUGUGCUGGUGUUUGUGGGCCUGUUCGCCCUGUGCUGGUUCCCCAACCACGUGCUCUACAUGUACCGCUCCUUCCACUACCACCGGGUGGAUGUGUCACUGGCCCACCUGGUCAUCACGCUACUGGCCAGAGUUCUCAGCUUCUCCUCCUCCUGCGUCAACCCCUUCGCCCUGUACCUGCUCAGCGAGAGCUUCCGCAGGCACUUCAACAGUCAGCUGCGGUGUGGUCGAGGACCCCGCCCCGAGCGCCAGGCCAGCUACUUUCACAGCACCUCCCACAUCCGGCUCACCUCCAUCAAGAAGACCAUGCCCAUUGCCGCUGUCAACCUUCCAGCAGCCAACGGCAGUUCCAGAGAAGAAGUGGCUCUGUGAGGCAAGAGGCUGGGAGUCGGAGAGUCCCGGCUUCACCUCGCCCCAGGACUCCUACAGCCCCAGGUCCUGGGGAGGGAUUUUGGUGCAAAGUCACCUGUAUUGUUGGGUAGAGGAAACUCUGCAGGCCUUGCACCAGGUGAAUGAUUGUACCAGCUGCUCCUGUCACAACAGUUCUCAACCUGGCAACCAAACAUAAAGUCUCUUGGAAAUACAAGGUCAAAGGUCCAAGUGAAGCAAAACCCUUAAAAACGGAAACUGCUUAACUCCUCUACAUCCACAACUCUCCAGGUUUACUGAACUAUGUUUGGUAAAACCAGAUCCCUGCACAAACCACAUGCCUCAGACUGAGACGGUCCUGUAUCAUGUUACCAGAUUAGCCUGCUGUGGAAGUUUGUUUCUCUGUGCUGCUUUGCUGGAAUGCAAUUGAUCUAAAAAGCCAUUUUCAUCUGCUUGGUCUCAGUGUAUUGAUCCACUAUGAGGAGUGCUUCUCAGGAAACCCUCUUUGGUAAGUGUUUGGUUUUUGUCUCUGUUGCU